AUGAAUUGGAAAACCCUCGCCCUGGCACUGUCGUUGCAGGCGGUCGCCGCGCAGCAGAUGAUCCGAUUCGGGUGCUCGCAGCUAGUCGUGGAAAGGCUGGACCCGUUGGUCAAUCCGGGCUCGCUCGUAUCGCCACACGUGCACCAGAUCGUGGGGGGCAACUCAUUCAACGCGAGCAUGGACCCGGCGUCGCACGACCUGGUGGCGGACUCGACUUGCACGAGCUGCACGUUCUCGGAGGACUUCUCGAACUACUGGACGGCGGUGCUGUAUUUCCGGGCGCGCAACGGAACGUUCAUGCGGGUGCCACAGUUUCCGAACGUGGGGAUCCGCGCCGUCGGGGGCGUCACGGUGUACUAUAUCCCGCCGUACGACGGCAAGACGAACGUGACGGCAUUUGCGCCAGGCUUCCGCAUGCUGGUCGGGGACGCUGCGCUGCGCGAGGCCAAGGGCCAGCAACGCCAGCUGUGCCACCGCUGCUACGUCAAGGAGGACUAUACCGGCGGGUCGGGCGGCGGCGCGCCCUGCACGGGGUCCGACACGGCGUCCCUGCCGCCGCAGCCAUGCGAUGGCGGCAUCAGGACCACCAUCACUUUCCCAACCUGCUGGGACGGCAAGAACCUGGACAGCCCAGACCACAAGAGCCAUGUGGCCUACCCCAGUUCGGGGACCUUCGAGUCUGUUGGGCCUUGCCCGGCCACUCACCCCGUCAGGCUGCCUCAGCUGAUGUAUGAGGUCAUGUGGGAUACGCGCCUCUUCAACGACCCCGGAAUGUGGCCCGAGGACGGCUCACAGCCAUUUGUAUGGAGUACCGAUGACAAGACCGGGUUCUCACAGCAUGGUGACUACGUCUUCGGCUGGAAGGGUGACAGCCUCCAGAGGGCGCUCAACGCCCGCUGCAACAACGCCGUGUGCAAGGAACUCAAGACGCAGAGCUCGGAAGAGGCCAUGAGAUGCACGCUGCCGCAGACUGCGGUCGAGAAUGUUGAUGGAUGGCUGGAUUCGAUUCCGGGUAUGCGACGUUGA